AGAGAAAAUACCCUGUAGGCUGUAGUUUGAUGCUAGGGUUUUCUGCCACAACUCUGAUGUGGUGACAUCCAGCACUGCUUGCCUUCUUUUGCAAACUGAUCUGCCUCCGCGACCUCGUAGAAGACAGAACAAGUCUUAAAAUAGUCUUAAAAUAGUUUGCAUGCUGGAGAGGAAUAAGUGCAUUCGUAAAAAGGAGAAGUAAAGAAGAAAAGAAGAAGAAGAAGCUGGUCACAAGGCAAGAAUUUAGUUACAAAUUCAACUUUAACCACCUCAAAUUCAUCAAGAUGGCAACUAUGGAUGCACUGGAAUCCUCGAGUGCCCUGCUGGAGCCUCAAGCCCUGACUGAAGUCUCAGACGACGACAUCAACCUGCCACCCUCUGAUGAAGAAGAUAACGCCCUUGCCGCCGCCAAGAAAGACCUGCAUGCUAUGGGCACAGAGGGAGAAACCAACGAAGACAAAGAUGGGGCUCAAACAUCAGAGCAGCAAGUAAACGGGGUAUUGGUCCUGUCUUUGCUUGACAAGAUCAUCGGAGCAGUGGACCAGAUCCAGCAGACCCAGAGCGGCCUCGAGACCAGACAGCAGGAGAUGGAGCGCACCGUGACCAGUAUCCAGGGCGAGCUGACCAAACUGAGCAAAAACCACAGCACUACAUCCAACAGUGUCAACAAGAUGAUGGAGAAGGUGCGCAAGGUCAGCGUCAACGUCAAGACGGUCCGAGCCACGCUGGAGAAGCAAGGGGGCCAGAUAAAGAAGCUGGAAACCAACGAGGCAGAGCUGCUGAAGAGGCGCAACUUUAAAGUCAUGGUUUACCAGGACGAAGUGAAAGUCCCCUCAAAACUCAGCAUCUCCAAGUCCUUGAAAGUUUCAGAGUCUGUGUCAGGAAGCAGAGGAGGAAGUCUGUUAGAGCUCAAAGAAGCUGUGGAGGAACCUGGAGAAGCAGGAGUAGAAGGUGACAAGGAGGACAAGCCUCAUGUAGAUCUUUCCUCAGAUGAAGAGGGGGUGGAAAUUGAAGAGGCCAUUGAGGAAACCCGUGCCGAACGCAUCAAGCGCAGCAGCCUGCAACGGGUGCAAAACCUGAAGACUGUCUUCUCCAGGGAGAAGAUGGAUAAGACCAGAGCAAAGACCAAAGAGAACCUGGAGAAGACCAGACAAAAAACCAAGGACAACAUUGAAAAGACAAAGCAAAAGACAAAGGAUAACCUGGAGAAGACCAGACAAAGAACCAAGGAAAACAUUGAGAAAACAAAGCAGAAAACCAAGGAGAAUCUGGAGAAGACACGUCACAACAUUGAAAAGAAGAUGGGAAAACUUGGAACACGGAUGAGUGUGAACCCAGAGAGAAAACAGAAGAUCAAAACAUCUGGUGACAAAGUCAAGAAGUCCUUUACACCAGACCAUGUUGUUUAUGCCCGGUCUAAAACCGCCGUCUACAAGGUGCCCCCAUUCACUUUCCAUGUGAAGAAGAUCCGUGAGGGUGAAGUUGAGGUGCUCCAGGGAACCGAAAUGGUGGAGGUGUCAAGGGAAGUGGAGGCGAUAGAAGGAGAGGAUGUGGAAGUAGACAACGCUGAGGUGGACGUUGAGAUGGAGAUGGUGAAUGGCGGUGGGGAUGAAGAAGAGGCUGAUGAGGAUGAGGAAGAAGACAGCCAUGAUGCCUUGCACGACAACGAUGACGAUAAAGACAGUGACUAAAUAUAUAGCAAAGAACCUGCAUCCAUUCAAAUCAAUUCUUUGUAUCUACACUCAACCUGAUUCGGAUUAAAAAGAGUGUUUAACAGCACCUGAUAUAGGAUGAAAUGUGGGUCCUAGUUUGUCAGGGUUGGCCAACAUUCCUACUAAUAACACAUGGUUUAUUCUUAUCAAAAUAUCUUCUGAAAACACAACAUUAACUCUAAGUGUCCACUGAAUGAUACAGAACCCUGUGUACAAGCACUAAUUAAAACUAUUAGUUUGCUUUGAUAUUUUCAUUACGUAACUCAUUUGUUUUUCUCACAAUUUUUUGUUCAAGUGGGCAAAAUUAAAGUUAGAUUUAAGAACUUGUAAAGAUGACCUGCUACCACUGUAGCCAAACAUACUAUUUUAGCACCUCAGAUCACAAAGUCCCAAAAAGGUAGAAGGAUUACUUUGAGUUUCCUUUGCUAUUUAAACAGUUUCCAGUUAAAAGCCAUUUCAAAGAAUACAGGUACAAAGCACUUUGAAUGAGUCCAGCUGUUUUUCAGUCUUUUUAAGUUCAACGUUCCUUUAUUAAAAUGUGAUAACAAACAACUGGCAUACAAGAGCGUGCUUUAAAUCUCCUCACUUGGACUUAAGGUGCUAAAUGUAUUUGUAUCUCCAGCUGACACCAAUAUUAGAGUGACGGCAAAACAGAAGAAGAAAAUAAUCACCAGUCCAUCUGGUGAUUGUUUUCCAUGGUUUCCCUUAUUUAUGCUAUAGACCAGGUGCUUAAAAAUUAUAAUUUUAUUAAUUUGAUGACUCUUCAAAAAUAUUUCCUUAUUGUUUUUUGUGAUCCUGAAGAUAAAGAAAUAAGAAAAAGUGGAAAGAAGGCACAUUUUUGUGGACAAUUAGCAGUAACACAAUCAGGUUGUGAUGGGGCACCUUAAUGACCCUAUUUUAAAAAUACAAUGAGAAUACUGAAAAAAAAAGGUAGAGUCUACUGUUGAUUCCAUAACUCACUCCCUUUCUUUCUCAUAUAAACUCACCAAACCCUAUCUUUGCUGUUCAGCUAUUUAGAUAAUAUAUGAAAGUAUUAUCUUCCUCUGAUUAAUGCACCCUGUUUACAUGCACGAUGAGAUCUUGCAUCACUUCUAAUUUUUGAGGAUUUUUCUAUAUGACACUAUCUACUUUCUGAUGUUAUUUUCGCUUCAUACUUUUUUUAAUGCUGUCAGACUUGACUUGUUCCAUGAUUAAAUGUCUCUUUCACGACCA